GAAUGUGGAAGCUCCGUUCCCCCAGCGUCAGGGAAGGCGGCGCGUUUCGACCAGUCAAAACGGAGCCAUAUGAGGUGAACCUGCUGCACCGCGGUCACACUCAACUAAACGCAUUGUGCUGGUCAGCUAACGGUUAUCUGAGGAUGGUAUCAGCUAGCUGCUCUGCUAGUUAGCUCGCUAGUUUAGUCACAGGGAAGUUUACUGGGUUUAGGUAGAUAGGUAGUUUGCUAGCUGGCUAUCUAGCUAGGCCGAUGCUGCUGGCGGAGGAGGGGACGCAUUUAUUGUUAUCCAUAAUGUCGAGCUCGUCCCGUUAUUUUUAGCUAGCACUGCAGGCUAGCGCGGCUAAUAGCAGCAAGCAAAGCGUGACUAAUCGGUCUGUUAGAAAAACAAUAGAAAUGGAGCAGUGGCAGGACGCGGCCUCUCAGCAGCUCAAGCUCAUUUCCAACCGCCUGAACGAACUCCUAUCCACAGGGCUGGACUGGCUGCGCUCCGAGCUCGGCGUGGAUUUGCGGCUGAAGCCUGAGCUUAUUCCGCCAUGGGUGAUCCUCUUAGCGGCAUGUUCCGGGCUGGUGCUGAUGGUCGCUCUGUGGGCCUCAGCCUGCCGGACUCUGUUCAAGAAACGCCCCGCUAUACACGCCUCGGACGACGGGGUGGAGGUUAAGAGAGGUGUUAGCAAACCAGUCAAAUCAGAAGAGCCGAAGAAAAAGAAGAAGAAGGCGGAAAAGAAAGCCCAGCCAAAUGGGAGAGCUGUGGUUGAGCCACAGGAAGAAGCCAUAGUGUCUGAAGAGAUAGUGCCACAUCACCAGCCUCCCCCACCAGAAGUCAAGACCGAGAAGGUUGCAGAGUCAAAGAAAUCUAAGAAGAAGGCCAAACAGGCAGUAAAGGAGACAAAGCCAGUAUCUACAGAUAGCAAGGAACCAGAAGAAGGCACGUGGGAAACCAAGGUCAGCAACAAGGAGAAGCGUGAGCAACGCAAGAAGGACAAGAGUUCCAGCGAUGGCUCGGCGAGUCCUGGAGGCGGGGACACACCUGUGAGCACCCCCCCAGAGCAGCCCAAGGCCACUGCGACCCCCCCACUGGCAACACAGAAGAAGAAGAAAGGAGGAGAAUCCACAAAAGUGAAGCCAGAAAAAGUGGAGGCUGUUGUGCCUAAAGUUAACAGGAGUGAACCGGCUGCAGUAAAUGCUGCUGUGACUGACGUGGCCAUGAAGGUUCCUCCUCAAACUGUGGCCCCACAGAUGGCACACUGGACAUCGAACCGAGAGACGGCAUCACUGUGGGAGUCAGAGACUGAUGGGUCGUGGACUGUGAUUAAGACUGGGAUGCAGCCAACUGAUCUAAAUCUGGUCUCCUUCAGUGGACUUGGAGUUCCUACUACUGAGCCCCAGCCUGUCGGUGACAUGGCCUGGCUGAGUCAGCCUAGAGUCGAUGACGAAUGGUCUGGCCUCAACGGUGGUUCAGUUGACCCCAGUUCGGACUGGAACGCCCCUGUUGAGGUCUGGGGCAACUAUGAGGAGCCCUCUCCUGAGCCGACUCCUCCUCAGGAGCCACCGUGUUCUGAACCAGCCAGCACUAAUCUGCUGAUCGGAGCAGCUGAUGAUGAAGAAGAUGAGAAGGACAAGGGAGACACCUUGGCAGACGGGGCAGCUAAAACUAAAAAGAAGAAAAAGAAGAAGAAGAAGGCAGCUGAAGAGGGAGGGGCCCUUGGCCAGGUCGAGGAGCCGGACAAGGAGGCAGCGCCUGCAGCCUCAGCAAAGAAGCAGCCACCUGUUCAGGAAAACACUGCUGCCGUCCAGCCCAUCAAGGCAGCUGCUGUUGAGGUGAAACUGGAGCAACCAGUGACGAGGACCAAGGACAACAUAUCCCAGAAACCUCCUGUCACACAAGUGCCACUAAAGCCAACUGAUGGAGAGCCCACUGCCAAGCAGAACAACCCUCCUGCUCCAACGCAACAAAAGAAACCUGAGGAGAGCCAGGCGCCAAAACCAGCAAAGAAGAAGAAGGCAAGGCGAGAGACAUGAGACCACAUGAGUCCAAUCUGCAGACCUCUGUAUGCAAAAGACUUCAUAUCCUGUUUAUGCAACACCUUUUUGUGACAAGAACUUUGAACCAAGGUCUAUAUGAUGGACUUAACCUAAAACUGUCUGGAAAACGAAACAACUUUUCUACACGUUGAGUGUCAGCCGUCGGAUCAUUCAAAACUGAACCUAGAUGCAGUGCAAUCUAAUGUAACGCGGUGUUAAUGAUUUUUAAGUAUGCAUUUGAUACUCUGAUUCUAUCUUCUAAUCUCACUGAAUCAAAUAACUGAAGGAGUUGUAUUGUAGUAAUUAGAGAUGUAGAAAAUACUGAUCAUGUUAAGAAAAUUUGAUGUUGUGGUGGCCAAUGACUGGAGAUUACUGUGCAGAGAAAGAAAACGCUCAAAUUGCAUCAGGACAUAGAACACAGGGCCGUAACAUGGAACUGGCCUUUGCUUUGCGGUCUUAUUUUGCUCUUACAUUUGUGAGCCAUGAUGGUGCAGAGGUGACUGCCUUUAGGUGAAAUGGUAACACAGGGUGUAAACACUUGUGACAUAAAUACAGUAAAAGGGAAUCACAUUUCUACAUUAUGUGUAACUACAAACAUUUCAUCAACUCUCAUCAUCCGGUAUGUCCCUCGUCUGAUGUUGUAACGCAGUGUGUCGACUACGGUUUCCUUGCUGUUUUUCUAUUUGUGACUGCUUUGUGACCACGGCCAUUUGGGAGCCUGUGAUCGUAGAUGUACCAUCGCAGUGUCAUCAGCCUCCAUGAUUUUCCACCUGUGGUUGAUUCAAAAGUCUUCAGAAUCUUUUGUACAACCUGUUUGUAAUAAAAGAAAAGCUAAAGCCAUAUGUAAAAAGACUAAAUAAAGGCCAGUUUUUUAAUAAUUGGA